GCAGAUUCUCAGCCCACAGAACACACGAGGAUAGCAAAGUCGCUCCGAGCUACUUACUGCUGGAUCGAGGUUUUUUGCAAUUUGCUAAAAACAAGUGGAUCAGCAGCUCAGAUGAGAACUCCUUAAAUCCCUCACUCUUCUAGUCCUUAUCUUUUUUUAUUUAAGUGGAUUUUCCCUUCUCAGUUGAAUAAGGAGAGGAAACUGCCUGGGAAAGAGCAAAAAGACUCUCCUGAGCUAAGGAUGUUUGCAUCCAGGGCAGCAAUGCCACUUCCUACUACGUGAUAAAGAUCAUGAGGACUCUGCAGGACUGCCACCUGCGCCUUGCCAAAAUGACGGCAUCUGCCAGAACGUUCAGGUUUCCAGUCUGUGAUGCUCCAGCAGGUUAGCUGAUCUUCACUUAACUUCUGUAGUACCAAAUGCUUUUCUUUAAGCCAGAGACUUCCAAUUUUCCUUCCCUCUACUUCCAGUGAGAGAGAUUCAUACUAUAAGAGGCACAAUUCUGGAGACAACUAAGAGGAAAUUUAGGGAAAAUAUCCCUAACUAUCAGCAGAAGAGCUCUGAACUGCUUCAGAGAUAUAAACCAUGCAUUCCAGAAGUAACAGCACCGAAAGCCCAACCAGACCAAAGCUGAGCCAGCCAAGGGCGAAAGACCACAGCAAAGAAGGGGCUGGUUACAGUGGGAAAGGAAAUGCACAAACACAGCAGAAAGAGAAGGACGAUGCAGCCCAAGCCAGCACCAUCCUGAGAAGUCCAAAGGCAGAGAAAAAACAAAAAAGUUCUGUCAAGAAAAGGGAGGAUCUUUCUCGUGAUGACCUGCUAUUUCUUCUCAGUGUCCUCGAGGGUGAAUUACAGGCUCAAGAUGAAGUUAUAGGAGUACUUAAGGCUGAAAAAAUUGACUUGGCUUUGCUCGAAGCACAAUACGGCUUUGUUACUCCCAAGAAGGUGUUAGAGGCACUCCAGCGAGAUGCUAUUCAAACAAAGGCUGAGCAAUGGCAAGAAGAUAUCUAUGAAAAGCCUAUGGGAGAGCUUGAUAAAGUUGUAGAAAAACAGAAAGAAGUUCACAGGAGAAUGCUGGAACAACUUCUAAUGGUAGAAAAAGCACACAGACAGACACUGUAUGAACUGGAGGAAGAGAAGAGGAAGCACAGCAAAUACAUGGAAAAAAGUGAUGAGUUUACAAACUUGCUGGAACAAGAAUGUGAAAGGUAA